GUUGAGACUCAGCAGACAUGCUGGCGUUUCUGCUGUUCACUACUCUCACAUCGUCAGUGCUGGCAAGGCCGUGGCCGCAGCCCAGUAACACAGAGAGCGGCAUCACAGGAAGAGUUGUGGGAGGCGAUGAGGUGUAUUCAUACAACUACUGGUACUGGCCGUGGCAGGCUCGUAUUAGCUCAACAUCGGAUGAACCGUUGUGUGGAGGGAUACUGAUCAGCUCACAGUGGGUCAUGACAGCUGCUCACUGUGUUGACAGUGCCAGCAGUGUGUAUGUGGCCCUUGGAGAACUUACCCCAAGCAGUCAUAGUAAUGUGGAGCAAAGCAGAAGUGUCAGCAACAUUUACAUCCAUCCUGAGUGGAACAGCCACAGCAUCUCCUCUGGUAAUGACAUCGCCUUGCUGCGCCUGUCAUCUCCGGUCAGUAUUACUUCAUAUGUGAAGCCAGCUACGCUGCCCUAUUCUGGACAGAUCCUGCCCCACAACACCAACUGCUACAUCACUGGAUAUGGACGCACCUCCACUAAUGGAAGCAAUUCCUACAAACUGAGGUAUGCAAUCCUUCCUAUUGUCGACCACCAGACCUGCACCAGCUUCGGCUGGUGGGGCAGCACCGUCAAUACCAACAUGAUCUGUGCAGGAGGAGGCUCAAAGUCUGCAUGCAACGGCGACUUUGGUGGUCCUCUGAGCUGUCCAGUUGGCAGUAGCUAUGUUGUCCAUGGGGUGGCCAGCUUUGUGUCUGGUAUGGGAUGUAAUGCACACCAGAAGCCCACAGUCUUCACACGUGUCUCUGCCUACAUCGACUGGAUCAACUCGGUCAUGAGCAAUCCUUGAAAUGGAUCAUUCCUUUUCAGCUCAAACUACUAUGGACUGGGCUCAUAUUUCAUAUGAAGCUAGUCUGGUCAAAUCUACAAAUAAUAAAAAUAUUCAUAAUAGAAAUACCAGUAUUUUUUAUGGU